UACCCAGACUUCACCAGGAGUCUUUGGCCUCCGUCCGUGGAAUUGGAUACAAGUAGUCGUUGCAUGCAGUAGGUGCACCUGAUGAAAUCUAGACUCAAUGCUUUGGAUCUGCUCUAGGCUUUCUUCCCUAACGAGUACAACCUGGUAGAGCAAAGAGAACCAUAGAGCACUCGGAAGAUGGCGAGAAGUCACCUUGACUUGUCUCGGUUAAAUUAAUAGGCUGGUGCUUGACCUUUUUAUUCCCAAUGCUUUCCAUGAGAAAAGCGGAACUUUGACAGACAGUCCAACACAAACAAGUGCUUCCAGUUAUGAGAUUUGCUAGUGGUGGAGAUCAUUCCUCAGAAGAUAAAACACAUCAUUAUUCUAUAUGCUUAUAAACUUCGAUUCAAGCUUUCACCUAUGGGUUGUUGUUAACUUGCAGGUAAAAUUUGCAUUGACUUCGUUCUGCACUAUGUUCUUGGUCUUCUUCUCUACGUAAAAAAAACAGCAAGGACAUUGUGUGUUUAUAUAUAGGUAGGUGUCUCAUCCCCUUCCACUACUCGAUAAGCACCACAGUCUUCUUGUUUGGCUCAAACACAUAGACAAAUCAGGUUCUUCUCCAUCCAUCAGGAAAGAGGAGCAUGAAGAAGAAGAUAGUGAUCAAAGUGCAGAUGAAGUGCGACAGGUGCCGCGUCAAAGCCAUGCAGGUUGUUGCUGCAGCAGGCGCUGAUUCAGUUGCGGUGGAAGGGGAGGAGAAGGAUCAACUGGUGGUGGUGGGAGAUUGCGUGGAUCCUGCAAACUUAACAACCACCCUGAGGAAGAAAGUAGGCCAUGCAUGCAUAGUCAAGGUGGAGGAAGCGAAGAAGAAGGAAUCAGUGGCGUGGUGCUGCCCCGGUUACCCUCUACGUCAUAAGGUGGAGGCAGCGAAAGAAUCUGCGAGGUGGUGCUACCCUCCAUGUCAAAAGGUGGUGAUGUAUGAUCAUGAAAUCUAUGCCUCCGACCCUGGUGGUUGUUCCAUCUUGUAAACGAUGGAUCAUUAGGUUCCAGAAACUUUGGAUGUUUGGAUUAAUGAUAUCUUGGUAUUGUUAUUCUUCCUCUGAA